AGAAGCCGGAGGCUAUGGCCACGUUAGCUAGGCUGCAAGCUCGGUCCACGUUCUUAGCACAGCAGUACUACUUCAGGAACAGUGUUGUAGAUAUAUUUAGAAAAAAGGAGUAUGACGCGGCGGUUAAAAUCCAGAGCUGGUUUCGAGGCUGCCGAGUUCGGGCGUAUCUCAGGCAUUUACACAGAGUAGCAACUGUUAUUCAAAAAUGUUGGAGAGGUUACUUAGGCAGACAACAGUAUCAACUAAUUGUGAAGUUAGCAUUUUGUUCUAUGAAGAUGAAUCUCUACAACGCAAUGGCUGUCAGGAUUCAGAAGCAAUGGCGAGGCUAUCGAAUUCGGAAAUACUGCUUUAAUUAUUUUUAUUAUAAGGAGUACCUGAGGGCUGUUUCAGAGACCAAUGAUGCAAUUAGGGAGGCGCUGGAGGAGUUUGCAGAGAUGAAAGAAAGAGAAGACAAGAAGGCCGACCUCGAAAGGAAAGAGAAGAAAAAAGGUUACGAAGCGCGAAAGAUGCAUUACCUCCUCAGCACGAAGCAGAUUCCAGGUAUAUACAAUUCACCUUUCAGAAAAGAUCCUGAUCCAUGGGAAUUGCGGUUACAGAAGGCAAAGCCCUUAAUAAGCCAGAGACCUAAAGUGAAGAAGAUCAGCGUCAGUGUUAGCAACUGGCCAGCGUAUGCGAGUCCCCAGGUCCUUCCUCAACCCAAAAUCCUGCCACCCAUUGAUAGGAAGCCCUGUCAGGGACCAUUCCGUGAUAUCACUGAAGUGCUGGAGCAGCGCUACAAGCCUUUGGAGCCGACGUUGCGAGUGGCAGAACCAAUCAAUGAGCUGCAGGCGGCCAGAGAAGAGCUCAGAAAACAGGAAUGCAUGCGAAAUAUACAUGACGAUAUGUUUUUGCCAUUUUCUUCCUACAAUAAAAAUAAAAAGUACAUCCCAUUAAUGCAUUCCUCGAGCAAGUAUGGUCCCGAUUCUUAUGGAAGUCAACAUUUUAGAGAUGAAAAUCCUACGAAAUGGCUCUGCAACAAGGAGAUAAAAGAAGACAAAAUAUAAGCCUGAGGUUAACGUGUGGCAUGAGUGCGGAAUAGAAGGACCCCGACUGCCUGGUAUCCUGGUUUCUACUUCUGUGGCUGCUGGGUAACCUUGACACAAGUCUCUUCACCUCUGAAGUGUUUCUCUCUCCUCUGUCUCUGUCUCUGUCUCUCUCUCUCCCUCUACCUUUCCCUCCCUCCUUCCCUCCCUUAAUUGUCCAAAGAAGAAAUUGGAAACAUCUUUGGUUCCUUCAAAAAUUCUACAAUUCUAAUAGUAAAAUAAAAAUGGGUAUCCUACAGAAAAUACACUUCAA